GAAAAUAAAAGUCACAUCGUUUCACUUCGCUUAUUUUGUUUUGUGAGUCUGUAAAUGUACUGUUUAUGUUUCUUGUGGUAAGAAGUUUUGCACUAACAAAUUCGGGAUCCAGGAGUCACUUUGGUUUCAACUAUGAUAAACAAGGAAGGGAUUGGAAUGUCAGGGGUGGUAAAAGACAGUCGCCCAUUGACCUUUGCUCUUGUAAUGCCAUUACAUGCAAUGUCCCAAAAUUGGAGUUGGUAAAUUACAAUAAAGUUUUGUGUGCUCCUCUGUCUGUCAUAAAUAAUGGGUUGACUGUUCUCAUGAGGAUUCCUAAAACUGUUGAAGGAAAGCAGCCAUCUAUUUGUAUCAGCAGUGAGCAGGGACAUGUUUUCGAAGCUGAACAGCUGCAUUUCCAUUGGGGAUCCGAACAUACCAAAGGAUCUGAGCACAAGUUAGAUGGAGACUUUUACGACGGAGAGGUGCACAUAGUUCACAAGAACUGCAGCUACAAAAGCAACAAGGAAGCUGGUCAGCAACGAAAUGGAUUUGCGGUUUUGGCUGUGCUACUGAGAAACUUAGAGGUUCCAAUAAACGAGUCGUCAGCCAUGAACGAGAUCUUCAAAACGGUUUCUGGAAUCUCUGCAUUCGAUGCCAGCCAAGCUCUUAAGGAAAGUAUGGCCUUGGAGGAUUUGAUUGCUUGCAUAGACACCAAUAAAUACCUGACCUAUGAAGGAUCUCUAACCACUCCUCCAUGUGCUGAAGCAGUUAUUUGGUUUAUUUUUCAAACACCCGUUGAUGUACCCCAGGAAUAUUGGAAAAACUUUUGGCAGCUGAGGGAUUCUCGUGGCCAGCGGGCUUUGAACACCUAUCGAGAUUUACAGGAUGACUACAACCGACCUGUUUACCGAAGUAAAUUUUAGUUGAGAAAUGCAAUAAAAUUCUUUUAAGUGGA